GAGAGAGAGAGAAAGAGAGAGAGAGAUUACUCCAUAAAGGGACAUAGCCUAUUGAUUCCUGCUUUGUUGUUGAUAAAAGGCCUUUUUCAAACAACAAACCAAUCAGUGCUUGUUGGCACUGCUGGGAGAUGCACAGGCUUCUACCAAACAGUGUGUUCCUGGCUUCCCAGACAGCAGGUUGGCUUCAGUCACUAGUUCCUGUCUUGAUACCUCCACAGAGCCGGGCCAUGGCCAGCUAUCCGCUGAUUGUUGGACCCCCAGCCUCCCUGAGGAAGCCGCUGAAGGUCCCAGACAGACUUCUCAUGGGACCUGGACCUUCCAAUAUUGCUCCUCGGGUCAUGGUUGCAGGGAGUCUCCCAAUGAUUGGACACAUGCAUAAUGAAAUGUAUCAGAUCAUGGAAGAGAUCAAAGAUGGCAUCCGAUACGCUUUUCAGACCCGCAACAAGCUCACCCUCGUUGUCAGUGGCUCUGGGCACGCAGGGAUGGAAGCUGCUCUGUUCAAUGCAGUCGAGCCAGGAGAAUCCGUCCUAGUGGGAGUGAACGGCCUCUGGGGGCAGCGGAUAGUGGAAAUUGCUGAGAGGAUCGGAGCCAAAGUGCAUCAGAUGGUGAAGGCUCCCGGAGAGUAUUACACCCUAAACGAUGUGGAAAAGGGUCUGACUCAACACAAACCUGUGCUGCUCUUCCUCACCCAUGGAGAAUCAACCAGUGGGAUAAUGCAGCCGUUGGAUGGCUAUGGUGAUCUUUGUCACAGGCAUAAUUGUUUGCUUCUGGUGGACUCUGUAGCCUCAUUAGGGGGAGUUCCACUUUACAUGGACAAGCAAGGUAUUGACAUCUUGUACUCUGGAUCUCAGAAAGCCUUAAAUUCACCUCCUGGAACUGCCCCAAUUUCCUUCAGUGAAAGAGCUAGAAACAAGAUCUUUAAUCGAAAGACAAAGCCUGUUUCUUUCUAUUUGGAUCUCAAGAAUCUGGCCAACUUUUGGGGCUGUGAUGACGGUCCUAGAACGUACCAUCACACCACCCCAGUCAUCAGCCUCUUGGGGCUUCGAGAGAGCUUGGCCAUGCUCGCUGAAGAGGGCCUGGAGGAGAGCUGGAAGAAACACCAGCAGGCCACCAACUACCUGUACGAAGGGCUGCAGAAGCUGGGCCUGCAGCUCUUUGUGAAGGAGCCGGCGGUGAGGCUGCCCACAGUCACUACCGUGGCGGUGCCUCCGGGAUACAACUGGAAGGACCUCGUGGCUUACGUCAUGAAGAACCAUAACAUAGAGAUCACAGGAGGCCUGGGACCCUCCACCGGCAUGGUACUAAGAAUUGGCCUCCUGGGGUAUAACGCCACCAAAGCCAACGUGGACCGUGUCAUCGCGGCCUUGAAGGACGCUCUGCAGCACUGCCCCAAGAACAAGCUGUAGGAGGCCCGGCCUCCUCCCUGACCGCCUUAUCCCAAAUACCUGGACCUGAACUUUAAUGGGCUUGGAGGUGGGUGGGAAUGGAAGCCGAGGGAGGAAGAGGGAAGUCGUGUUCUUGAGAAAGGAAGAGUCACGGGGCCUAGAAAGCCCGGCUCCCCCCGGCCUUCUCGGGUCCUCUCUUUGUUUGGGGGUGUCGGUUAUCCCUACGGAGCUCAGAGCCCCAAAUCCCUGGAAACGGCCUUUGCAGCUUCAGUUCCUGGUUGGGAAAUCGCUGUCAGCUCAGGCCGCGCCGAUGACUUUCUUUAAUAAAAGAACCAGGUUUGUCUGGC